UGCCGGGUGUGGUUGUUAGGAGCAGGCUGGUUGCUAAGGGACUGGACUCGGGAUUCUAACGGGGAAAGAAGCUGCGAAAUGGACUCCAGUGGAGACUGGGCAACCGGAGCCAGUAUUCUGGAUGAUGAGAAUGCCAGGCUCCGCCAGCUCAAGCUGCACAACCAGCGGGCGCUUCUGGAGCAGAAACAGAGGAGGAAGAGGCAGGAGGCCCACAUGGUACAGCCAAAUCAAGAGUCCAGAGGACGGCGUGGAAGAGCCAAGAAGAGCGAGGAGCAAGCCCCCCUAAUGCAGUGUCAGACCCCCCGAUCUGCGCCCUCGGAUGUCGUUUUACAUGGAAUAGAUGGUCCAGCUGCGUUUCUCAGUUCUGAGAGCCAGGAUCUGGAAUAUAAAAUUCAUAUUCUAUCAGUGGGAGAAACCUGCCCUGAUGACAUUACAUCAGACGAUUCCAGGCCCAACUCCAGCGAGGUGAAUGGCCGAUCUGGAUCAACUCAGGGAAAGCCCUCUUCUCCCUCAAAAGAAUGGAAAGGCAAAUCUCGAAUACCUGAGACAAAACCCCAGUCGCCUUCUAGCAAAACUCAAAGCACUUUAAAAGAAGUAAAGACCUAUACUGCUCCCCCCACCGAAUCUAUAACCAAGCCUGGCUCUGAAGAGGACGAAGAGGCCCCUACAAAGCGAGAUGUGUCCAAACGUGACCUUCAAGAAAUGCUGCAGGAGAGGGGCAUUUCAGACAGUCUUAACUUUGAUGAAGAAUCUUCAGACGAGGGGGAGACGGAGUCUGGGAGCACUCGGCCUGGAUCUUCCUCCAGCAAAAAAUCCCUUACAGACUCUGCCUCUGCAGACACUGCCCCAGCAGCACCAUCUGGAGAUCCAGUGGAUGUGGGAGACCUAAAGGAGUUUGCUGUACGUUCAGCACCUCGUGGUGUCACUAUAAGGUGUCGAAUUAGCCGUGACAAGAAGGGGAUGGACCGUGGCCUGUAUCCAACCUAUUACAUGCACCUGGAGAGAGAGGACAACCGGAAAGUUUUCCUUCUUGCUGGUCGAAAGAGGAAAAGAAGCAAAACCUCCAACUACCUGAUCUCCAUCGACCCCACUGACAUGUCUCGGGAAGGCGGCAGCUUUAUAGGGAAACUCCGAUCCAACCUGAUGGGGACCAAGUUCACGGUGUAUGAUAGCGGAGAGAAUCCAGCCAAGGCUCCGGGGUUAGCGGACAGCAGUAGCGUUCGGCAAGAGCUGGCGGCGGUUUGUUACGAGACCAAUGUGCUGGGCUUCAAAGGGCCGAGGAAGAUGUCCGUAUUAAUACCAGGAAUGAAUAUCAACCAUGAACGCAUUCCCUUCCAGCCACAGAAUGAGUCGGAGAGUCUUCUGUCCAGGUGGCAGACCAAGAAUCAGGAGAAUAUCAUUGAGCUGCACAAUAAAGCUCCAGUGUGGAACGACGACACGCAGUCCUACGUGCUGAACUUUCAUGGGCGCGUGACACAUGCCUCCGUCAAGAACUUCCAGAUCGUACACGACAAUGACCCUGAGUACAUUGUCAUGCAGUUUGGCCGUGUGGCGGAGGACCUCUUCACCCUGGACUACAGCUACCCACUGUGCGCCCUGCAGGCUUUCUCUGUUGCUCUCUCUAGUUUUGACAGCAAGCUGGCAUGUGAGUGAGAGGGAAGAGCCCAGCCGUGUGUAUGUGCCUGCUGCCAAGCAAUGCAUUAAACCUGUAACGCUUUGCGUCUGAGACAGGAGGAGCCACUGUGCCUUUUCACCAUCCCAAAUACGCAGCAGUUCUGGAGGCUGUCCCCCUGUCUGUCUGCUACUCGUACUGUGUAUGUAAUCAAUGUUCUGCACGUGGAAACCGCAUGCAGGUUGUGGACUAUGAGACUGUUCCUUACAUGUAAUGUACAGUACUGUGUAUAGUGCCUGCUACCUUAUAUUAGCUUUGAGUGCAGUGCUGUGUAUAGUGGCUGCUGCCUUAUAUUCAGCCUUUUAUACAGCGUUGUGCAUAAUCACUGCAGCCUCAUUUUAAGUGUCAUGUAUAGCGGCUGCUGCCUCAUAUUCAGCCUUGUGUACAGCGCUGUGUAUAGUGGAUGCUGCCUCAUAUUUAGCCUUGUGUACAGCGCUGUGUAUAGAGGCUUCUGCCUCAUAUUCAGCCUUGCGUACAAUGCUGUGUAUAGUGGCUGCUGCCUCAUAUUCAGCCUUGUGUACAGUGCUGUGUAUAGAGGCUGCUGCCUCAUAGUCAGCCUUGUGUACAGUGCUGUGUAUAGCGGCUGCUGCCUCAUAGUCAGCCUUGUGUACAGUGCUGUGUAUAGCGGCUGCUGCCUCAUAUUCAGCCUUGUGUACAGUGCUGUGUAUAGCGGCUGCUGCCUCAUAUUCAGCCUUGUGUACAGUGCUGUGUAUAGAGGCUUCUGCCUCAUAGUCAGCCUUGUGUACAGUGCUGUGUAUAGCGGCUGCUGCCUUUAUAUUCAGCCUUGUGUACAGUGCUGUGUAUAGCGGCUGCUGCCUCAUAUUCAGCCUUGUGUACAGUGCUGUGUAUAGAGGCUGCUGCCUCAUAUUCAGCCUUGUGUACAGUGCUGUGUAUAGAGGCUGCUGCCUCAUAGUCAGCCUUGUGUACAGUGCUGUGUAUAGCGGUGCUGCCUCAUAUUCAGCCUUGUGUACAGUGCUGUGUAUAGAGGCUUCUGCCUCAUAGUCAGCCUUGUGUACAGUGCUGUGUAUAGCGGUGCUGCCU